AUGCACGUGAACAAGAGAAUCGGACGCUUUAAGCAGUGGGCUGGAGAGCGGAUGGGUGGUGAGGCCAAGACCAACCAAUCAGAUGAUUUCAAGGCUCUGGAGACAGAGAUGGGAGUGCGACAUGAAGGCGUCGACCGCAUUCAUAAGUCCAUGACUGCUUACGUCAAGGCCAUCUCCAAGCGUACCGAGGGCGACGAUAAGGAGAAGACCUUGCCUGUCGCUCAUCUGGGAGGCAGCAUGGUCAGCCAUGGAGAGGACUUUGAUGUCAACUCAGAAUACGGGCAGUGCCUACUUAUGCUUGGACGCACCGAAGAGCGCAUUGCUCGUGUUCAAGAAAGUUACAUUACACAAGCGAAUUCAAGCUGGCUUGAAUCCCUAGAGCGAUCUCUGACCCAGAUGAAAGAGUAUCAGCAGGCUCGCAAGAAGCUAGACAGUCGACGACUGGCAUAUGAUACUUCUCUUUCCAAGAUGGAAAAAGCGAAGAAAGAGGACUUCCGGGUCGAAGAGGAGCUUCGGACGCAAAAAGUCAAAUAUGAAGAAGCUAAUGACGAUGUUCUUCGCCGCAUGCAGGACAUUAAGGACGCCGAAGUUGACAGCGUGAUGGAUCUGACCUCAUUCCUGGACGCCCAGCUGGAAUACCAUGACAGGUGCCGGGAGGCCCUUCUGCAACUGAGGAACGAGUGGCCUGGCGGAGCCGCACCUGCUCCGGCACCCGGACGCCGUCACCCUGGACGAGCUCGUUCCAACACAGCUCACUCGUACCAAGAGAGGUAUGAGCCCGUGCAGGAGGAGCUGACGAACGCUGUGGAGGCCCGACCCGUAAUUCGGCCGACUCGGACAGUAUCGUCUAAUCACGCGGAUGCUUCCCCGAGAGAUGCGUAUCCCACCAACAACUCUUAUUCGCGGCCUGUCUUGAGUCGAACCCCCACUUUUGAGGGCCCGACCCAGCUUCGACAAGAGCAAUCUCCGGUGGCAUCUCAAUGGAUCCAACGAACCGCAAGUGACACUCUCUCGACCCGUCGAAGCAGCACCUACCUGAAUGCUCGAUCCACUGUGGAUCCAUAUGCCGAUUCAGAGGUUAGCUCCUAUGGCUCCUAUGGUCGUUCCAGCCCAGAGCGGAUGUACGGUGAUCGAUCAUGCUCUCCAGCUACAUCUCAUGGUAGCGUGCCAUCACGCCGACCUAGCUCUACAGCUUUGAAUGCAUCUGGAUUGUCGAAGAAAGCCCCUCCACCACCUCCCCCAUCUCGUGCAAAGAAGCCACCUCCACCUCCACCCGUCAAGCGCACCUUGACCACUGCAUAG